ACGUAAUUGGAGAAAGUGGUUAAGGGCCAAGGGCCCGCAAAUCUGUCUCUAACUGUGCACCGGCAAUGGCGGCAAAGUGGAAAAAGAAACGAGGGAGCUACCCAUAGCCAGCCAUUGAGAGAAUAACGAUGGAUCCGUCCGCAGGAGGUGGAAGCUGUACUACGGUUCCAAGCGUCCCACCCCACAGUAACGUAUCUACUCCCUCAAAUCAAGACCCUCCAUACCUCUCUCCUCCACCUCCACCAUCACAACAACAACAAGUGCAGCAGGAUCAACAUCAUCAGUCACUACCUUCUCACUUUCACCUCUUACACUUGGUCGAGAAUUUGGGUGAUGCAAUUGAUAAUGGAACUCGGGAUCAACAUUCUGAUGAUUUGAUUAAUGAACUGAACAAGCAUUUUGAGAAGUGCCAACAGCUUUUAAACUCGAUUGGGGCAUCAAUUAAUACCAAACCUAUGACUGUUGAAGGACAAAAGCAAAAGCUGGAGGAAAGUGAACAAUUGUUAAAUCAAAGGAGGGAUCUAAUUGCCAACUGUAGAAGCUCUGUUGAAGAUCUUGUGAAGACUGAGCCAUAGUGCACAGCUUGCGACAACCGGUACUUCGGCUUUGCUGCAUUCAGGUCAAGUUCUCGUUCUGUUGAAGUCCGGAAGUUCGAUAACGGAAUCCCUAGAACUUGUAGUUAUAGAAUUAGAUCAUAUUCAUUUCUUUGUUUUGUCAAGUCCAAAACUCUUAAUAUCUUGUCUACCUUGUUCCUUAUAUCAAGAUUUCUUUUGGAACAAGAUCAUGUUCAAAUGCAAUCUUUUCCUUUUUC